AAUGGAAGCUCUGGGCCUGGCCCCACGCUGGCACCUCACAACCCUGGGCCAGCUGGUUACCCUCCUUACAAUACCGCGCACCAAAACUCUACCAUGUUCGUUCUUCCUUGAGCCCCGUCACAGGGAUGGUGUGGGGACCAAGGAGAAAACCACUGCAAAAGUGCUUUGGGAAAACCACAGGAGUAGAACUGCUUCUCCUAGACACAGCUCCUUGCUUCCAACAGCAGAGGCGGCAGGACCUGCCAUGGGGGAUUCCCCUCGGGUGCCAGGCACUGGGUAGAAAAACGUACACGUUGGCUGUGCUUUAAUCCUUGUGACGGUCUGUUAGGUUUUCCAAGUUAGGAAACCGAGUCUCAGAGAGCGAAAGGAAUUUUGGUCCAAAUCCUGAGCCCCAAAUCCCAGGCUGUUUACUUCACACUGCCUGUCUUUCAGAGCAGCGUUCGCAGCUUCUUCCUAAUUAUCAACAGAAUAUGUGUUCACUCAGGAAACUCACAAAGCACAGAAAAGCACAGUGAGAAAGUUUCACAGGUGUGCAACUCCAGGUCCCAGGAAUAACUUCACUUCUCAUCUUUCUGUGGUCCUCUUUUGUCCCUUCUGUAUAUGAAGAGAUUUAAAAUCUAGGCUCUUCCUGACACAUCAUUUUGUGGGAUGCUGCUUACCAAAGGGGGGUCUGUGGGCAGCACCGUCGGCAUCACCAGGAUCUUGCUGGAAAUGCAAGAAGCCUCUCGGGUCCCAGCCCAUACUUCCUGCAGCACUUCUGUGCUGAGUAACCACUUCAGAUAUCUUAUUAAAGAAAUCUAUUAUUUUUGUCUUAUUUGGUUGAAAGGUAGAAAGACAGGUGGACAGGCAGACAGAAAACUGCCAUCCUGUAGUUCACUCUCCAAAUGCCUGCAGUGCCCAGGGCUGUACAAGGCCAAAGUCUGUAGACAAGAACUCCAGGUCUCCCUGCAGGUGGGUGGCAGGAAUUCAAGUGCUUGAGCCAUCGCCUGCCGCCUCCCACGGUGUGUAUUGGCAGGUAGAUGGAACCAGGAGCAGAGCCAGGGCUUGACCCCAGUCACUUCAUUAUGGGGUAUUAUGGGCUACAGGAUACUGGAGCCUUAACCACUGGUCCAGACACCUGCCAGCCCCUACACUCACUUGCAUAAACCCCAUCAUAACCCGUUUCCUUGCGGUGUACUGUGGGCGUUCUCACAAGCCAGCCAGUGCCUUGCCAUCAUGGUUUUUAGUGGCUGUGCUGUGUCCGCCAGCCAGACUCCGGUUUAUGCUUCCUCCUGAUGAGCCUGCGGGGUGUUUCCAGGACACUGUGAUAAGGGAGUGCUUGAUUAGCUCUUUAGAAUAGAUUCCCCAGACCUGGAGUUACUGGAGCAGCAGCAAUGAGGAUUUUGAAGGCUUUUGAUCGAUGCUGCCAGGCAGGCGGCCCAGAAAGGAUGGACCGCGAUGUGUCCCUUGGGCUCUCAGCUUGGGAUUCUUCGUGGGGAAGGCAUGCGUGUCAGUGGUGUGGGCAUCAGGUUCCCUGCUUCUGGGCCCAGUCCUCUUGGACAGGUCUCUUAACCUCUCAGACCCUCUUUGCUACAGAAAGGAGAUGAACCCUUUAACUCACAGGUGGUUGUGAGCAUUGGAUGAGAGCAAAUAUAACCCACCUGGGACUUGGUGUGUGCUUGGGAAACAUUUGCUCCCUUUCUCAGAAAAAAUGAGCCCAGGGACUAAGGAGGCCUUAGAUUCCCUUGCCUAGGAGACUCCCACUCACACGUUAAUCAUUGCAUUUUAAUAGACGCACAUGGGUGUUGGCCUCUGGGUCUGGCUCUCUAGUGUUCUAGGGUUCUUAGGCCCCACAAAGGAGAGCAAAGAAAAUAAAGAAAAUUUCUGAACAUAUGGGUUAAAAUUGAGCCACGAUGUAAAAUGUGAGAGCUGGGUGGUGGUAGAGGGGGCAGUGAGACAUACAUGUAUGUGGGCGUGCAUGUGUGUAUGGUGUGUGUGCACACGUGCGUGGCCUGGGUCAAGCCUGCGUCCCAUCUUGCUCACCUGGCUCUGGGCAUUCAGCAGUGUGACCCCAGGGUGGGACACCGCGUCAUAUCUUACGGUGCUUGUGUCAGUCUAGAGUGGCAUCUUGGGGCACUGGGCACCAUACUGGGUACCAUGCUGGAUGCAGGGCCACCCCUGUGACAAAGCGCUGAUGAGGCUGCCACAAGCCGAGAGCAGGCGACAGCAGUGACAGGCGAGCGCACGCUCUGUCUGGCUGACUUUGAGCAGGGUACAAUUGCCCCUGUGGCUCUUGUCUUGUAGGGUUUGGCCUGCUCGUGCCACUGGAUAGAGGGUGCUGCCGGCUGAGCUCAGUCCUUAGAAAUGUCAGCCCUGCAGCCCUGUCCCUGUCCCUUCAACAAUCUGCGCUUGCUACAUGGUUCCCUGCACUGCCUCCCAGGAGACAGGGGCUCCCCGCCAGCCUGUGUGUCUCCUUGGGAGAAGGCUCACUUGUUAGCAGUGGUGUCUUCCCACAGGGGCACCUGCAGAGUGUCACUCCAGGGCUUCUCGCCAAGUUCUAUGAACUCACUAUUUUGUCACCACCAAAUGUAUUUGUUAGGCGUUCUCCUUUACAUUGUAAACCAGUUGACUAGAACUCUCUACACAAUUGCAUUUUGAAAAACAGAAGAACAAGAUAAGGAUUUUUUUUUUGAUAGGCAGAGUUAGAGAGAGAGACAGAGAGAAAGGUCCUCCUUCCGUUGGUUCACCCCCUAAAUGGCCGCUACGGCUGGUGCUGCAUCGAUCCGAAGCCAGGAGCCAGGAGCUUCAACUUGGUCUCCCAUGCGGGUGCAGAGUCCAAGCACCUGGGCCAUCCUCCACUGCCUUCCCGGGCCACAGCAGAGAGCUGGACUGGAAGAGAAGCAACCGGGACAGAACUGACACCCCAACCGGGACUAGAACCCGGUGUGCUGGCAUCGCAGGGGGAGGAUCAGCCUAGUGAGCCACGGCGCUGGCCUGGAUAAGGAUUUUUUAGAACCAUCUUCCAAAGUUGCCAUAGCUGCCUGCCUACUCCUGGGUUUUAGUAAUGCAUACUCAUGCCCUUUGGUUGCCUAGAGCUGCUGUCAACACUCCAGACGUGGCCUGAAAACUGCUGACUGUAACCAGUUAGCAGCUCAGCAGCUUUAGACUUGGGACGAACUUGAGUUAGUUGGAAUCUCGAUGCCGGUUGCCAGAGUCUAUUAUUUUGAAGUGGCACCUGCAGAUAAUCAGAGAGGACGUCACCAGGGCAGGUGGCUUUGUCACGUGGAGAGGGUGAGGAGGCUGACCUGGCAGGCGCUCUCUCUGUGAUUUAUCUUGGGUGGGCGUGGCCUAUGCACCUGCCAGGUGUGAUCUCCAGAGGGAAGGGUGGAAAUCCUAUCAGUGCCACAAUGAGUGGGGUACACAGGUCCCCGAGUAUAAGGAGCAUUUGGAAGGUCCCAGGAAAGCAGUUCACAAAACUUAUUUAGGGUACGAGCUAACAGGAUGGACUUUUAAGAAAAAAUACAGCAAGCUACAACUGGAGAGCUAGUGUGCAGGCAGAGAGCUGUGCAUGUCCCCAUCUGGCCCCUGGCUCAGCAGAGAGCAAGGUGCAUCCAGGGGGCCUGGGGUGAGGGAGGGGCGCCCUGGGCGCUGGUGUGUUUGGCUCAGAAUUUGUUCCAGAUCUUCGCAGCUGUGGAUCUUAACUUCUUCCGCAGGAUCUGCCCUCCCUGGGUGGGGCUUGCAGCCUCAUCCUCCUGUUGCCCUUUGCCUGCUUCCAUGGUGAGUGCCAUAAAACAAAGUCUGAGUCUGUUGUUUUUCGUUCUCGCAAUUCAGCAGCAACUCCAAUCACAGGGCUGCAGACCAACUCCCUGGGGAGUCAGGCCCUCGGGGCUGGGCUGGGGUGGAAGAAGGAAGUGUGCCUGCAGCUCAGGCACCUGUGCUGCUGUGGGCCCGCCAGGCAGCUUGCGGAGCUCUGAGCCGGCCGGCUGGCAGGAGCCUCGCUCCUUGGUGGCCCGUGGGUGCCACCACGCCCAGUGGUGCUGCCGGUGGAGAUAGGCUUGAGGCUCUUGCUAAGCGCCCAGAGCUGCAGGCCACUCGCCAGAGGACGGGAGCCAGCGCGUCUCCCUGCUUGCCGGUUUCCACAGGAGGAUGAAGGAGGCCGAGGUUGCAGCCACGGUCAGGAAGAUGGCUGUCUUCUCCCAGUGCGUCAGGCCUCUCCCCAGCGAUCCGGACAUGAUUUCCACAAGAGUGAUGGACAUUAAGCUUCGGGAAGCCGCCGAAGGCCUUGGGGACGACAGCACAGGAAAGAAAAAAUCCAAAUUCAAGACUUUUAAGAAGUUCUUUGGGAAGAAGAAAAGAAAAGAAUCUCCUUCGUCCACGGGAAGUAGCACCUGGAAGCAAAGUCAGGCCAAGAGCGAGGUCAUUGCCGUCGAGUCCGGCCCAGUGGGCUACGAGUCGGAGGAUGAGCUUGAGGAGUCAAGGGGCACCCUGGGCAGCCGGGCCCUCUCGCACGACAGCAUCUUCAUCCCCGAGUCGGGACAGGACCCUGCUCGGCCUGUGCGGGUGUUCUCCCAAGAAAACGUGUGCGAUCGGAUUAAAGCUUUGCAGUUAAAAAUCCAGUGCAAUGUGAAACUGGGGCCGCCACCUCCUCCAGGGGGGCUGCCUGCCAAGCGGGCAGAGGAUGCCGGCAUGAGCUCUGAAGACGACGGGCUGCCCCGGAGCCCCCCUGAGAUGUCUCUGCUGCACGACGCAGGUCCUAGCACAACCAUAAAGGUCUCUUUAGUAUCCUCGUCCCGGCCGCAGUCUCCAGACCAGGCGAGCGAUGUCACUGUCACGUCCCGGACCUCGGACAGCAGCCUGGCCCCCGUGGCUGACUUCAGUUAUCCUCCCGAAUCCUCCUCCUGCCUGGACAACUCUGCAGCCAAGCACAAGCUCCUGGUGAAACCCCGCAACCAACGGUCCAGUAAAAUGAGGCGGCUGUCUUCGCGGGCACAGUCGGAGUCCCUGAGCGACCUGACCUGCACGCCAGAGGAGGAGGAAUAUGACGAGAAGCCAUUGCCCGAAGCCAGCACAGAGGGGAGCCCCGGGGCCGGGCUGCAGGACUGGGUCCUGGACAGAGGCGCUGAGCCCAGGGCACUGGCCACCUUGUUGCAUCCCGGAGGGCCCCGGGCCAGACGUGGGCGCCUGCAGCACUCUCCAGCGCUCAGUGCCAGCGUGGAGGAGGGGAGCUCCCCUGGGGAUGACCCCGUAAGCCUCCCAGUGACCCCAGAGGUCAUGGAGCCUGUGUUAGACCCAGCUCCCUCCUUGGAGUCCCCAUCCCUGCCGGAAGACCCCGCACAUGCAAGCCCAAGGAGCGGAAAUCAGGCGGAGGGGCUGCCAGCGACAGAGCCAGGGCCCCCAGCCACAGCCACAGCGGAGGCAGUGGUGUGUGUGGAGCAGGUGCCGUAUGUGGAGCAGGUGCCAUGUGCAAAGCAGGUGCCGUGUGCAGAGCAGGUGCCGUGUGCAGAGCAGGUGCCGUGUGCAGAUGUGGAAAGCCCAGCAGCCGCCCACUUGGCUGAGGGGGACACAAAACCUCCUGAGACUGUCGCCACCUCCACCCUGGAAACGUCAUCUGGGCCGGAUGAGCCAGACCCAAGUACGCAGAAGGAAGCGGAGCCAAUGCUGAAGGUGCCCGGGCCUGAACAGGCAGGGCAGGAAGCCCCCGUGGCGCCCUCCCCGAGCCCCCCGAUGCCCAAGAGCUGCCUAAAGCACAAGGCCUCGGCGGCGAGCGCGGGCCUCAGCGGGCCCCCUGUGCCUGCCUCUGUGGAGUCACCUCCCCAGGAGCCCGGUCUCUGCGUCCCCCUGGAGUAUCCCAAGACUGAGCAGGCCGAACCGCCACAGGAGGGCCCCGAAAAGGCAGCGCCGGAGCGGAAGCCCGAGAAAGCUGGCGGCGAGUCGCGGAGCGUGAAGAAGUUCUCCGUGUCCUCGUGCAGGGCUCGGCCGCGGCCCGGUGGCUCCCGGCUGCUGGAACAUUCUGAGCUCGCCGGCCCCUCCUCCAGCGUGCGCCUGCCCCUGCUGAAGAGCGGCCUGGCCUGGAGGAGCGAGGCGGCUCUGGAUGACCUCCAGUCACUUCCUGAGCCCCCGAUCAGGAAACUGGACCCUCAGAAGCCAGCGGACUGCCACCCUCAGGAUUCAGGGGACAGAGGGGCCAGCCAGGCUGGGCAGGGUGGAAGCGCCCAGGAGGCUGUGCCCACGCCCAGCCCGAGAGAGCCCUGCCCGGCUGCUCAGGAGCCAGCCCCGGGCGAGGACAGAAACCCCUUCCCCGUUAAGCUCCGGUCCACCUCCCUGUCUUUCAAAUACAGAGAUAGCUCUUUGCAGGAAGCAAAGGGGAUAAAGAGAUACAGCGCCGAGAUGAGGCUAGAAAGAGGAGGACUGACUUUGCUCCCCAAAGAUGAGAAAGGCCCCCCGGGGACAGCCCCUGCGCCUCGAGGUGCCAGGUCCCCCAACAACCAAGGCAAGGGGAAGGCCCGGUCCCCGGAGCUGCUGAGCUCCAAGCCGCCCCUGCCCAGGAAGCCGCUCCUGCAGAGCCUCACCCUCCCGCACCCACCCGCGCCUCUGGAAGCCAGCCCUGGAGAACCGGAGAGAGCCCUCCCACCUCCGGACCCCAGGAAAGAGGGCAGGAUGGUGGAGAAGAACAGGGCAGCUGAAAAGAGUCUGCCUCCCACAGCAGCCGGUCAGGGAGCUGACGCGCAGCCCGCGCCACCUUGGAUCACCAUGGCUCGGCAGAAGCGGCGAGGGGCUCCGGACCAGCCCCCCAACCGGGAAGACAAGCCCGGGCUGCAGACCUCCAAGUCGGAAAUGGGGAAGCAAGCCAAGGCACCUGAGAGAGCCCAGGAGCCCACAAAGCAAGCCGACUUUGUCCGCAGCAAGUCCUUCCUGAUCACUCCUGCUAAGCCCACUCUGGACGCGAGGCAGGGGCCCAAGCUGAACCUCAAGGAGGGGCUGCAAAGAGGAAUCUCACUGUCCCAUCAGAACUUGGCGGCUCAGGCGGCAGCGAUGACCGAGAAGGAGUUGCAUCAGCUCAAGAGAGCCAGUUACGCCAGUGCGGAGCAGCCAUCCUGGAUGGAACUUGCCAGAAAGAAAUCUCAAGCUUGGAGCGACAUGCCCCAAAUAAUAAAAUAGAUUGGCAGCGCUCUGAUAAUGAAUGUCCACUCCCUCGCCCGGCCACUUCGUUAAAAACUGCCAAUAAACCAUGGCAAACAAGCGGGGAAACCUAAGAUUGAUUCUUAUCGUCAAGCUGGGGAAGAGGAAGGAACCAGACAGAACAAAGGGGACACACACGUGGCCAUCACCCAGGGCCCGAAACAAGAACAACAUUGACAUCGUCCGGGGGCGAGCGCGUUUCUGUGCCCAAGGCGAUGAACGUGAGAGGCUCAGAAUCCCCUCUGGAACGGGGCCUCCCACCAGGAAGGAACGGGGAUGCGUAAACAGGACGCAGCCCAGGAGCCGGAGAGAAGCCUCCCACCGGAGACCGGCCCGCGGCUCUGGCCACUGUGUCUCGCCCGUGGAGCCUGGCUUCCCCUUUCGUGUUUACUACUAGGCGUGACAGUUAAGGUAAAACAGGGAUGCCGUUUCUAAGAGCAGCUAUAAAACAAUCCGUUUCCCUGAAGACAGCCACGCAAAGGAGAGGCAGGAACAUAGCAGGGCUCAUCAACUCCCAGACUGUUUCCAGUAAUAAUUUUUAAACUUUUCCACUAGGUGUCUGUGCCCUUAACCGUUGCACAAUGCAUUGCCUGUUUAAUAAAAAGUUUCAAACUCGC